GAUUGCCAUUUAUGGCUAAAUUGCCCGAAUAUAACAAACUUGUUCAAGAGUUUGCUCAGAUUGCUGAUUUUGUCACUGUUUACACUGCAGAGGCGCAUCCGCUCGACGAAUGGGCUUUACUAGAUCAUGAAAAAUUUAGCCGUCUUCAACAUAGUACUAUUGAGGAAAGAAUGUCGUCUGCAAAUGUUCUAAAGAGCGAAGGACUUGUGGGAGAGCUGGUUGUAGAGUCAAUGGAAAAUAGGUCCGCGGAUGUAUACGCGUCAUUACCAGAAAGACUGUAUGUUAUAUUGGAUGGAAAAAUUGUGUUCAAAGGGGGACUUGGACCAUUUGAUUAUCGACCAGAAGCAGUGCGAAAAUGGAUCCAUGGACAUCAAACAAUUAAGGACUAAGUUAG